UGGGUUUAGAUUUUCCUUUACUAAAAAAAAAUUAAAAAAAUUUCCCAUCGCGUCUUCUAUUCUCCAUCUCCAGGUUUUCACUGGAAUCUCCAUCAUUUCCAUAUCCUUUCGAGGAAAUGGCAGAGUUGCCGCAGCCGAUUGGUCUCAACCCUAACUUCACUUCCAGUGAUCUCCCCUUUGAGCUUUCCAGCGAUGAUUCCAGUGUCGCUAUUUCUUCAGGUUCUUCAACUGAUCUGGCUGUUGAUGUUAGCGACGGAGAAAAGGGUUCUAAAGAUUCAGGCCCUACUGACAGGAGUUUGGCUGGACAAAACAUGCAUGGUGAAGCAUCUACUUCUCCAAUAAAUUCGGGAUCUGAUGAGCCAUCACAAUCUCCGAGACUAAAGCACAAUAGCAAAUUAGGUACUUAUGCAACCAAAAUUUUGGAUGAAAAAGCUUCUUUCAGAAAGAAGAUCAAAUGGUUGAAUCGGCUCGCUAGUGUAAAACAUGAUGGAACUGUGCAAUUUGAUAUCCCAGUCGAUAUGAAAUCUCACGCACUUGAUUUUGGAACUGAUAUAGUUUACAAUGAAGCUUCAGAGGAGCAUGUUGAAUCUGCAGAUAUUCCAGACAUACCUCCUCCACUGCAAAUAGUAAUGCUUAUUGUGGGGACACGAGGAGAUGUACAGCCAUUUGUUGCCAUUGGAAAGCGUUUACAGGCAGAUGGCCAUCGGGUUAGAUUGGCAACCCAUUCAAAUUUUAAAGAUUUUGUUUUGAGUGCUGGGUUAGAGUUCUUCCCUUUAGGAGGAGAUCCAAAAGUUCUUGCUGGCUAUAUGGUCAAGAAUAAGGGAUUCUUACCAUCAGAUCCUUCAGAAAUUCCUAUUCAGAGACAACAACUGAAAGAAAUAAUAUUCUCUCUACUUCCUGCAUGUGUGUCCAAUAAUCCUGAUAGUAAUGCCCCAUUUGUUGUAGAUGCGAUAAUUGCCAACCCUCCAGCAUAUGGACAUACACAUGUUGCAGAGGCGCUAAAAGUACCAAUUCAUAUAUUCUUCACUAUGCCAUGGACGGCUACUAGUGAAUUUCCGCAUCCUUUGUCCCGUGUUAAACAACAACUUGGUUACAGACUUUCGUAUCAUGUUGUCGACACCCUAAUAUGGCUUGGAAUACGGGACAUGAUUAAUGAGUUCCGAAAGAAAAAGCUGAAGCUGAGACGUGUUAGAUAUUUGAGAGGGUUCUAUAGCUCUCCUCCAGAGGUGCCUUAUGGGUAUAUAUGGAGUCCUCACCUUGUUCCCAAAGCAAAAGAUUGGGGGCCAAAGAUAGAUGUAGUUGGCUUUUGUUUCCUCGACCUUGCUUCUAGUUAUGAACCACCAGAUUCACUUGUUAAAUGGCUAGAAGAUGGUAAAAAGCCUAUCUAUAUUGGUUUCGGUAGUCUCCCUGUUGAGGAACCUGAAAGAAUGACCCAGAUGAUACUGCAAGCCCUGGAGAAAACUGGACAAAGAGGCAUCAUAAACAAAGGCUGGGGUGGUCUUGGCAAUUUGCAAGAACCGAAGGACUUUGUGUACACACUGGACAAUUGCCCACAUGACUGGCUAUUCUUACAUUGUGCGGCUGUGGUUCAUCAUGGUGGAGCUGGAACUACUGCUGCUGGUCUCAAAGCUGCGUGUCCGACGACUAUCGUACCGUUCUUUGGGGACCAACCUUUCUGGGGAGAGCGAGUGCAUGCCAGAGGAAUAGGGCCAGCACCCAUCCCUGUCGAGGAGUUCUCACUUGACAAGCUGGUUAAUGCCAUUCACUUUAUGCUCGAUCCUAAGGUGAAAUCUCGCGCUAUUGAGUUGGCCGAGGACAUGAAAAGUGAGGACGGAGUAGCAGGUGCGGUAAAUGCGUUCUAUAAACAUUUUCCCGGCAAACGAUCGAAGGACGAACAACUUAUGACUCCAAUACCUCAAUCAGGAAAGCUUUCCAUAAGACGUUGUUUUGGUUACACCCCUUAGUUUUGCUUCAGAAUGUUAAAACUGUAACCCAAAAUAAGUACUACUAGUGUACUCAAACACCAUAAGAAAAUUUAACUUCGAAAAAGCAAAGUCCAUAUGAACCGCAUUCCUACUUGACUCCAACCAGACCUGAGAAACCCGAGCUUUGCAUCGACCUCAUCAAGAUCACAAGUGUUGUUGGACAACUAUGCCGGGGGGCUCGAUUCCGAUGAACAGAUAGAGAGCUUUCAAUUCAGCAACGCAUGUUUCUUUUCCUGCAGCUCUAUACCCUACUAUUGUUCUCAGAACAUUCAUCUGUUCCGAAAUAUUCUCCUCAUGCUGUAUUGCCUGCAGUCAAAUAGUAGUUACUGUGAUCAGUGUGAUGAACCAUCCUACAAAACAGAGUUACAUACAUUCUCUGACAAGUUGAUUCAUGUUCAAUCUAUGCUUUAGAAAGAUCAAGAGAAGGGACAUCGAUUAAAUUGAAAUUGAACCAUGACUAUUCUAGCAAGUUAACACCAUAA